GGAGUGCGGUAAUGACAGAGAGGGAGCCCGCCGUUUAUUGCCUCUCAGUGUGCGUGUUUGUGUGUGUGUGUCUGUGUGUGUGUGUUUGAACGUGCGAGGGAACGUCUGUGUUGAGCAAAUGUGUGCAUGGUGCGUCUAGUGUGUGUUUGGGAGAGAAAGAGAGAGUGUGUGAGAGAGUGAGAGAGAGAGAGAGAGAGAGAGAGAGGCAGAGAGAGGGAGCGCGGACGUGUGUUAGUGAGUGCUGGGAGGAAGGAUGGCUGCUCAUGUUUGAACUGCCUCACAUGCUCAAAGGAGGUAGAGUCAAGGCUAACAUUCAGAGAAGAAUAGGAAAAAGACAUCUCACAGGGGGAAGCAUCUUGCCCAUCAUUUGUGGGGAAGCAGAAACGGUUUGGCAAUGCCUGCUGAAGUGAAAGAGGAGCAGAGCUCAGAGGGUCCUCCUCCUCUAUCUUUGUCCCAGGAGGCUAAGGAAGCAACUCUGGAAAACCCAUCCACCAACGAAGAGCUGGACACGCCCACCUCAAUCGCCUCAGUGAUGACCUCCAUCAAUGAGAGCUCCACAGAGACGGACACCCCGCAGCAGACAGACACUGAGGAGUCCAAAGCAGUGGAACAAGAGGGUGUCGAACAAGAGGCUCCCAGUGAGACCCAAGAAUCCCCAGAGACACAGCAGGAGAACAUACAGACAUCAGACACACCUGAGCUCAUAUUGACUCCAGAGGUUCAGGAAAGUAUCCCCACUGAGCAACCUGUCCCUGAAGCAAAAACUGAACCCUCUGAGUCUGUUACACCAACAACAACAACCAGCGUCACUACAACCCUGCACCCUGAGGUGAUACAGCAGCCUGGGGAUCCUCAGCCAGUGAACACAGACAGGUUGAGUAGAGUGUACACCCUGCCCGACAGCUACAGAGGGAUCAGUGGUGACUUAUGUGCUGGAUAUGGAAGCCUCUCCCGCAACACCCUCCACGGCUACUGGCCUGCAAAGACGUACCAGCCUGGGGCUCACUACACCUUACCCUUCCUCCGGGACAGCUACGCUCCGGCAGGGCUCAGCAGCCAAUCAGAGGAGGAUGUUAUUGGGGAUCGGGGAGAAAACCCACUGGAAAUGAAGGCUGACCAUCCCGCUGCCAGUUACCCAACACUGGGGGGAAUCCACCAGUUCAGGCCGAUUACAACAAUGGAGCUCCUCAGGGAGCCCUCAAGAACCAGAGGUGGCUAUGAUGACGCAUUCAUGGCCCAGCUGGAGGGGAACCUCAAUCCUUUCUUCCAGGCCAUGUGCCGCGCUCAGACUCUGCAGUUUCCCCACAAACGAAGCAGCAUGGUCAGCUUGGACAGCAUUCGAAGAGACCCACGCUGGAGAGACCCCAACCUGCAUGAGGUGAUCUCGAUGCUCACUCACCCAAUGGACCCAGUAAAGUCCAAUGCUGCAGCCUAUUUACAACACCUGUGCUAUGAGAAUGACCGCAUCAAGCAAGAGGUGCGCCAGCUGAAUGGGGUGCCAAUCUUGGUGGAAUUACUGGACCACCCUAAAGCUGAGGUCCACCGCAAGGCCUGUGGAGCUCUACGCAACAUAUCCUAUGGAAAAGAUCACAACAAUAAAAUGGCUAUCAAGAACUGUGAUGGCAUCCAGGCUUUAGUCAGGCUUCUGAGGAAGUCUAGCAGCAUGGAGGUCAAAGAGUUAGUCACAGGUACACUGUGGAACCUCUCUUCACAUGAGCCUCUGAAGCUGAUGGUCAUCAACAACGGGCUUCAAACACUGACUGAUGAGAUCAUCAUCCCGCACUCGGGCUGGAGGAGAGACUCUGCAGACCCCUCCAAACUGCUGAGUGCUGAGUGGACCACAGUCUUCAAAAACACCUCUGGAUGUCUGAGGAAUGUCAGUUCAGACGGGGCAGAGGCUCGGCAAAGGUUGAGGGAGUGUGAGGGGCUAGUGGACGCACUUCUUCAUGCCCUUCAGUCAGCUGUUGUCAACAAGGACACUGACAAUAAGUCUGUAGAGAACUGUGUUUGCAUCCUGCGGAACCUCUCCUACCAUGUUCACAAAGAAAUACCAGGAACGGAACGGUUUCAGGAACCUCAUUCCCAUCCUCUGAUGAGGUCAGUGGGAAACCAGAAGAAGAAGAAUGAGCCUGACUGUUUAAUAGGGAAAAGACCCAAAGAGGAGUGGUUCAAUCAAGGUUGGAAAAAUGGAUUUAUGGACAGAAAAUACGGUACAUUGGAUUUACCCAAACGUACUGAACAAAAUAAAGGGUUGGAGCUACUAUAUCAGCCAGAGGUUGUGAGGCUCUACCUAUCUCUUCUUACCUGCAGUCACAACCAUAACACCCUUGAAGCAGCUGCAGGAGCCCUGCAGAACCUCGCCGCGGGACAAUGGGCUUGGUCCAGCUUCAUCCGGGCAACAGUGAGAAAAGAGAAAGGGCUGCCUAUCCUGGUGGAGCUGCUGCGCUCAGAUGUAGACAAAGUUGUUCGAGCUGUGGCUAUUGCUCUUCGCAACCUGGCCAUGGACAGACGGAAUAAAGACCUAAUAGGUGCCAAAUUGUUACACUCAUCUACAUGGCUCUAUGCCUGCAAACUAACAUUGUUAAGUUGUCUCUCUUUUGUCACAGGAAGCUAUGCUCUGAGGGACCUUGUUGGAAAUCUACCAUGUGGGCAGCAGCAUCCGGCAAAGAAUCUCGAUGGAGAUACAGUGGUGUCAAUUCUGAACACCAUCCAUGAGAUCAUUACAGAUAGCCCAGAAAACGCCCGGGCGCUCAUACAGGGUCAUGCUGUACAGAAACUGGUGGCCAUCAACAAGUCAAGCCAAUCAGUUCGAGAGACCAAAGCAGCUUCCCAUGUCCUCCAAACAAUCUGGGCUUACAAAGACCUGAGGAACGCUCUGAACAAGGCAGGCUGGACAAAGAGCCACUUCAAGCCAACAACUACCGGAGUGACUAAAAAAUCCAAGAGCGGAAAGCAAGGCAGCGAUGACAUCACCUUGCCGCUUAUGGACAAAAAUCAAGAUGUAUAUUCCAGCUUAGAGACCAAUGAUAGAGUUGGGGAUGGAAAAGCACCUAUUGUGGAAAGAGACGCCCUCCAGGCAAUAAAUGAGAGAAAACACUUCAUCAGAGCUGGCAGGCCUGCAGUGGGACUCAUGGAUAACAAACCUCCACCGCUGGACUCCUGGGUGUAAACAUGACAACACGGCCAGUCAAGCUUGUUUAAUCCUGUAAAGACUCUUUCCAUUGGUGAAACACAGAUUUGUGCCAUUUGAUCAUUCUUGUACAGACAGAGAAAAUUCACCAAUUAUUACAGUUUCCUCUGUUUGCAGGAGAUUAUGUGCCAAACAUUUUCAUGUAUUUAUUACAGAGGUUAUUUGGAAAUACAUUUUAUGGAAUAGGUCAUCUAGGAUGAUAUACAGUCUAUAUGAAGCUAAUGAUGGGUUAUGAAAUCUGAAAUAGCCUAAAUAUGCAAGUUGUGGUGAAUUAUGACUCUUAAAAUAUUAUACAUGAAAAAAUUGAAAUUUUCUCUUAGGCAGGAAUGAGAUAAUUUACAAUACUUCUAGUUUGUCAAGUUAUUAGGGUCAAUGUGGAUCUGUCAAUGUAUUCCUGAGGAAUAUGAUGAUAAAAGAAAUAUUUUUAAAAAUAGUUUUGGUCAGGGUCUGAAAUGAUUAAAUAAAAACGUCAAGACUAUUUGGAAAUCAGUUUAUUCUGGACCAAUAAACCAUCAUAAACACGGUGCGCUCAUUGGCACAUCCUCUCUAUUCCAUUUGUUUCAUGUCAGGCAAAAUGGGAUUGUAAAUGUGUAACAAAGGACUGUUAAUAAUCUAAAUGAAGGUAUUUAUAUUGUAAUAUUUAUUGUAAUACAUAUGUUAUUAAUUCAAGGUUAUGGAUGUGUAUUAGCUAAUACCUGUAAGUCAUCCAACAUUAAAUACAACUCUGCUUUGCAGUGGUCCUUUUUGCAUCGCAAUGUUAAAUGAAAACUGAAAAUAAACGAUGAGCAUAA